UUCAUGCUUGCCAGGUGUCUGAUAUACAACAAACAUUUUUUAUUUUCAUUCUUUUUUAUUUGUUUCUUUCCUUUGUUAUCUUUUAUUUCUUUUCUUUGCUUUUCUUCUCUUUGCCCCUCUCGUUGCAGCCCCCAUCCUAUAUAUUUUUUGUUUUUUUUCCACCCUCUAUUUCCUGCAAGUUUCUCCCUCUCAAAGUUUUCCCUCCACCUCUCUCCCACCCUUUUCUCCAGCCAUCCUCAUCAUAUAAAAGGCCCCCACUCGUAUGUUGUGUUGUGUCAUUGCGAUAGUGUUUCUCCUGCCUUUUCUUCCAGGCAUGUAUGUUAAUUCUUUUAUUUGAGUUUUUACUCCUUCAAUGUCUCAUUAGAUAAAGAUGGUAAAGGUAAAGAAAGAAAGAAAAAGUACAAAGCGCUCUCUGGACUGGACUCUGGGUGAGGUAACCAGCAUGGAGCACCGUUUGAUUUGGUUUCCUCUGCUCACAAGACCCACCCCUCGGCACAAGUAUUCGGGCCCAGCUCCCCGCCACCUCGCCCCGCCGUGCGCUCCACUCUCCUAGCUGAGCCACCCCUCCCAGUCUCCAUUCGCCGUCGGGGAGAGAUCCGCGGAGCAGCUGAGCCAGCCAUGGCCUGCUGGGAGCGCGACUGGUGGCAGAAGCGCCACUGCGAGUGCACCUGGACCAAGGCUGCCCUCUGGUUGGCGUUCCUGCUCCUCACCGGGGGCCUCAUCGCCCCCUUCGCCGUCGUCAAGCCGCCGACUGCCACCGCCGGCUACGCCUUCCUCACGCGCUUCGAGCUCUCCCCGUCCCCGAACUCCACCGCGAAGCCGCCGCCGCUCCAGCUCCUGUCGUACAACGCCACGGUGCACAUUGCCCUGCGCAACCCCAACCUGUACCGGGGCAUCAGCUACCUCGCCCUCGCGGCCUUCUCCUUCAACGGCACCCGCUUCGACGACGAGUCCAGUGCCGCGGGGGUGGUGGACCUCUACCUCGACGCACAGGAGGAGAAAACGGUGCGCCUCGAGGUCGGCGGGGUCGACCGCAAGCUGCCGGCAGCCGGUGCGGCGGAGUUCGCCAGGCAGAAGGAGGCCGGCUGGUUCGAGGUGGAGGUGCGGCUGGACGCGGUGGUGCAGUACGACAUGGCCCGCAAGACGUGGUGUCCCCUGGAUAUCAUCUGCCCGCUCCGGCUGCAGCUCGUCGACUCGGACGUCGCCGCCAUCGCCUUCAACAAGACCAAGUGCACCAUCCUCAGGGUCAAGAUCUCCGGCUGCUAGCCCGCCCGCCAUUGCCACCAGUUGAUUUGGUUUGGUUUGGUUUCAUUUCCGCCUGUAAAGAUCGAUUCUUGCUCGGUGUUCUUCAUCGGUACUACUGUACCCGGUAGGGCGAGGUCAGGCGCCCACCCCACCUUGAUUUAGCGCAAGAUUUUAUAUACAGGUACAUUGUCUCGUUGUGUA